UCAUGAGGAAUGUGAGGUGUGAAUGGUCAUUAACAUAUCUUUUGUUUCCAAGGGUGGGAGAGGUCUAAGUUGUAAAUUGGUCAUUACAAUGUGCGACCAGCUUGGUAGGAACAUCCUGUGUUCAGUGUUUUGUCCAUCUGAGUACCUUGAAAACUCUUUCCAUGCAUUUUCCAUGAUGACAGCAUUGGGAACUGGAAGAGUUAAAAAAAAUUUCAAACGCAAACACUUAUAAACCGUUUAGCGUUUGAAAAGCUGAUAAAAUCAAUGUCUGAAUGCAAGUUU